CGAGUAAUCAUCUUCUGCAUUUCAUCAGCCUUGUGCUCAUGGAUGCAGAAGAUGACAGCUUAAGUGUAAAUCAACUUCCAGGUUUCAUAAUUCAUCUACUUGAGAUUGUGUUAUUCACUGUUGUUAAGUUAUAUUCGGGAUUUUAGUUAGCUGGUUGUAGUAUUGCGACUUGAAGUUUGUCUAAACUGCAAACCAAAAAAAUUAACAUAAGAUACCAAAAUGUCCUGAAGCAAGUGCCCGGUCCAGGCUUUUAUUUGUGGGCUUAACCCCAAAUAAUAUGAGGAGUUGUAG